GGAUAAUUCACAUUUCACCUGUUAUUCCAUAUUUACAGCUGUCAAUCCUUGGUACCAAUGGCGUUAAACGGGCACUCCUUACUACUGCAGCGCUAAUAUGGAUCAGACUAUCGACUGUGGCCUUCGCUUCACAGAUCUCGCUUGACACUUCGAUCCUUAGGACAAAGUGAGCUUCACACCUCGCACACACACAUGCGGGGAGUUGCGUGUUGCGGAUGUUGGGAAGGAUGUGACGUUGUGUGGGUGGCUGCAGUAUCGCAGGAUGCGUCUGUUCUUUAUACUGCGAGACUGGCACGGCAUAACCCAGACUGUGGUCCCAGAGGAGCAGAUGGAAAAUUUAGACAGCAAAUUAUCAGCUCUGACAUUUGAUUCUGUUCUGCGGGUCGAGGGAACUGUCCAACAACGGCCUGAUGGAGAGACGAACAAGAGAAUGGACACUGGGGAGAUUGAGGUGUUGGUGAAGGAUGUACAAAUACUCAACUCCUGCAAAGCAAACCUUCCGCUGGGUGCCAAGGAUUUCCACCAGGUUAGUGAGGCACUGAGUAUGAAGUACCGGUACCUGGAUAUCAGACGUCCAGCCAUGCAGCGCAACCUGAGACUCCGCUCAGCGAUGAUCAUGAAGAUGAGGGAGUUCCUGUGUAACCAGCAUGGGUUUGUUGAUGUUGAGACACCGACGCUGUUUCGGAGAACCCCUGGGGGGGCUCAAGAAUUCAUCGUUCCAAGUCGGUUUGCAGGGAAGUUUUACUCCUUACCUCAAAGUCCACAACAGUUCAAGCAGCUCCUGAUGGUCGGUGGCAUUGACCGCUACUUCCAGAUCGCUAAGUGUUACCGUGACGAGGGAGCUAAGCCUGACCGACAGCCUGAGUUCACACAGGUAGAUAUUGAGAUGUCUUUCACUGACCAGGCGUCUGUGAUGGGGUUGAUCGAGGAUCUCCUCCAGAACUCGUGGCCAUGGGCGGGGCAAGUCAACGCCCCCUUUCCCCGUAUGUCCUACCUUCAGGCCAGACACAAGUUCGGCACCGACAAGCCAGAUACAAGGUUUGCCAUGGAGCUGUGUGACAUCACCGACGCAGUGCAGUCCUGUGACGUCCCUGUCAUCACUGAUAGACUGCAGUCUCCCACUGCUUCUGUACACGCCAUCUGUGUCCCCCAGGCCAGAAAACAUUUGUCAAACAAGGAUGUGGACUCUGUCAUGAAGCUGUGUCAGGAUGGUCUCCCACACUUGAAUGUCAUGACUGUGAAGAUCAAGGAAGACAACACAUGGCAGGGGGGCGUGGCCAAGUCUCUGACUGAGGGAGUCAAGCAGUCCAUCUCAGAUAGACUGGCUGUGCAACCGAAUGAUAUUGUUGUCAUGGUAACAGGGGAAACAGAAAAUGUGCUGACCUGUCUGGGCCGGGCAAGACUGGCGUGUGCGGACACACUGGAGGCAAGAGGUGUGCCGGUGAGGUCGAGUGCUGGAUUCCACUUCCUAUGGGUGGAGGACUUUCCACUGUUCCUGCCAAGAGAAGAUGGAGAAGAGGGAGUCGAGUCUGCCCACCAUCCCUUCACAGCCCCACACAAGGAGGAUGAACAGCUGCUGUACACACACCCCGAGAAGGUGCGGAGUCAGCACUAUGAUCUGGUCCUGAACGGUGCCGAGGUGGGCGGCGGCUCCAUCCGAAUACACAACUCCAGGAUGCAGAGAUAUGUGCUGGAAACCAUCUUAAAGGAGGAUGCCGGUCAGUUGGAGCACCUGCUGGACGCACUGGACUCCGGGUGUCCCCCACAUGGAGGUAUUGCCCUAGGACUGGACCGCCUGCUGGCCAUCAUCUGUGGCACAAACAGCAUCAGGGACGUCAUCGCCUUCCCCAAGUCACAUGACGGCAAGGAUCCAAUGAGUCAAUCCCCAGCAGAGGUCAGCCAGGCCGACCUUGACAGAUACAGCAUAUCAGUGAAAACAUGACGUCACCAUGUUCCCUUAGGCAAUAUUGUGUACAUGUACCCGAGUUUGGAGCUGUGCAUUUACCUGCAGUGAUUAGGGAAGAGUGUGUCAGAGGCAGUGAUCCUGUGGUAUAGUCGGUGAUCCUGUCAAUUAGUCAGUGAGAAGUCAUCAGUUCCCCCACAAAGGACGACAUUCACUCUGGUUAAAAGCCGCAGUCAGCAAUCGUCCAUCUAUAUGACAACACAAAAUCACCCCCAUCCAAUCCGUCGCUUCUCACAACCAGCAUGGGGGCCUUGACUCCCCUCAGAGCAGGUCCUCGGUAUUCUUGUAAUCUAAAUAUAGAUUGAUUCACAAGAAAUGCCAAGACGACGCUUUCCAGUGUUAGAUAUUCCCCUUCGCCUGUGAGAACCAAGGGUGAUCAAAUAUUUCAGUUAAUUAUGAUUCUUCAAAGGUCUAACAUAUUAUGAGGUGCUAAUAACAAUCCCACCCCCAACUGAUGCAUAUCCCCACCCUUCCCCAACUGUCCCCCCACCCUUAACUGUCACCCCCAGCCCCAACUGACCUGUCCCUCACCCCCAGCCCCAACUGACCUGUCCCUCACCCCCAACUGACCUAUCCGCACCCCAUUCCCAACUGACCUGUCCCUCACCCCCAACUGACCUAUCCGCACCCCAUUCCCAACUGACCUGUCCCUCACCCCCAACUGACCUAUCCGCACCCCAUUCCCAACUGACCUGUCCCUCACCCCCAACUGACCUAUCCGCACCCCAUUCCCAACUGACCUGUCCCUCACCCCCAACUGACCUAUCCGCACCCCAUUCCCAACUGACCUGUCCCCACAUCAUCUCUGUUGCUGGCAAUCAAAUGUCUGAUGAUCAAAUGACUGCAGAAAGUGAUUCUGGUAAUCACGUCUUUGUGAUUUUGUUGUAAAUACUGUGUAAAUAUAUAUACAAUGAUGUCAAAACAAUAAACACCAGCAAACUCAA